UAUUGCACUUUUGAAGUUUUAAGCUGCUUAAACACGUGACAAACGGCGAACCAAAACAAAACAAUUACAAUAAUACAAUUUCUCCAUCCGGCAACUGCGCAAAUACAUCUUUGACUGCGCUAGCGCAGUGAUCAGUUUACAAAAAAUAAAAUGUAUUUACUUUUGCAUGAGUGUAGCACUGCUGAAUCUUUGCGUCUCUGCAUUCAGCGUGUAUGCGCAUUUUAUCGAUCAAAAAGCUCGUUAAGAUAACGAGAUUGCUUUGAGGUUAGAAAUAUCUCUACUCGUAUUCAUCUAAGCCUAAUCAUUAUUCCUACGCAGUCCGUGAAAUAUAUCCACUGCGAAUCACUAAGAAUUUCAAAAUGUAGGCUGUGAAAAGUGAAGGUCUAUGAAAUAACUCAUCAAUUUAUUUCAGAAUGUAAAAGGCAAGAAAAAAAACAAGAAAUGAGGCAGAUACUUUACUAGCGACGGUACCGAGUGUAUCUGUAUACUUGCCAUCUUCUCAUUCCAUCGAAAGCCUAUUUUAUUACUUAAAGAUGGAGGAAGUUGGCGAGAAGAAAUUGCUGUCAAGAAGACGUUCGACUAUUUCACAGGCUUUGAAAGUUAAAGAUGAACGAAUAGCCACUGUUAAGAAAGUUGCGGCAAUAUUGCAAAAGUCGGAAACUAUUCGAACACCAGAAGAAUGCGAGAUUCUCUUAUCCUGCAAUGACAUUGUUAAAGAAAUCAAUCUCAGGCAAGAAAAAAGAGAUAGAGUAAAAGCUCGAUUAGAAGAAAUUGAAGAUCCGCCAGAAAUUUUAGAAGAAAAAUGUGUAAGAUUAGCAGCUGUUAUUAGUCAAGCAACAUCUUUAGCAGUUUAUACUGGUGCUGGCAUAAGUACAGCUGCUUCAAUUCCAGAUUACAGAGGAACAAAUGGUGUAUGGACUCGAAUGCAGCAAGGAAAAGAGAUUGGUAAUCACGAUCUCAGUCAAGCAGAGCCUACGAUAACUCAUAUGGCUUUGUAUGCAUUAUAUAAGGCUCGAAUGCUUAAACACAUAGUUUCACAAAACUGUGAUGGUUUGCACUUGCGUAGUGGUAUACCGAAAAGUCUACUAUCUGAAGUUCACGGGAACAUGUAUGUUGAAGUUUGCCGAACCUGUAAGCCAUCGCGCGAGUAUUGGAGACUGUUCGAUGUAACAGAAAAAACAGCAAGGUAUGCACAUGCUACUGGACGUACAUGUUACAAAUGCAGCUCAUCCUUACAAGACUCGAUAGUACAUUUUGGAGAGCGGGGUAAUCUUCUUUGGCCAAUCAACUGGAAUGGAGCAAGCAGAGCAGCAAAACAAGCAGAUGUCAUAUUAUGUUUGGGAUCCAGUCUCAAGGUUUUGAAAAAGUAUCCUUGGCUUUGGCAAAUGGACAGGCCAGUAUCAAAAAGGCCGCAGCUUUACAUCGUAAACCUCCAAUGGACACCAAAAGAUGAAAAUGCAGUACUAAAAAUAAAUGGCAAGUGUGACAAAGUUAUGAAAAUAGUUAUGUCACACUUGGGUAUUGAUAUACCAAAUUAUAAUCGUAGCAAAGAUCCAAUUUUUUAUCAUGCAACAAAGUUGCAAAACAAUGAACUAUCAACUACUUCACAACCUUGUUUAGAGUUUCCACUGACUCCAAACAAUGAAAAGGCAAAGGAAGAGACAGAAGAUAUUAAUUUAAUUGUAAAAGAUGAAGAAGAAGAGGACUGUGAGUCACAGAUACGACUGCAGGAGCCAAUAACUGGUUAUCCAGCUCCUUUUUUCGCUGCUCUACCCUUUCUUUCCAUGGGACUACCCUUUCCUCCUAUAUUUAUGUAUCCUCAGCUAACACCAUUCCUCUACUAUCAUCCUAUCGUCCAAAUACCAGGAAGUGCUCUCCCAGCAGAGAGUCAUCCACCAAAGCCAAAGCCUACCUGUAGUUUUUGCAUGAAGAAUGAAGGAUCCCUUAACUGCCUAUACUAUCAGUGUAAUGACGACGGUGAUGUUGAUGGUGACGGAGACGGCGAUGGUGAUAAUGAGCCUCUUUCCAUUACGGAACCAACAGAUGCCAAUAUGUUACAGGAUAAUAUUAAUAAAAUGCCAAUUGUUGAUGAAAAUAUAUCUACUACCAUAAUCGCCAAGAACCCAGGAUGGUUCGGUAAGGGUUACCGGAAAGGCAUGAAAAGAAAGCGGUAGCAUCCGAUCAUUAUUGGCAUUAUGUUUUAUUUGUUCCUCUUUCUUAAUGACGUAGCCAACGCUAUAGUCAUUAACGUUAUUUUCUGAAUGCUGGUACGAUAAACGCUUCCGACACACUAUUAAGAAACAAAACAGAUUAUAUAAUUAUUAUACAUAAACAUUACAGACUUAAAUUAUAUAAUUAUACUCGGAAGCGUGCAGCCUUUUAAUUUAGAUUAGAAAUGUAAACGUUGUAAACGUUUUAUGCGUGUGUUGCGUAGUUUCAAGUAUGUGUUGCAAUUACUCGAAAGGGGCUUUUUACAUUUAAAAUUAUGUAUUUUGCAGUCCUAAGAUUAUAUCAGUAUAUUAUAUUUUGUUAUGAGAUAAUCAUUAUAUUCAAUUAGUCAUAAAAAGCAAAUUAGGACAUCCAUUUGUGAUAUAUGAAUACUCUGUUACAUGCUUUAAAAAACAAAUAUUUAACUUUUCUUGU